GCGCCUACUAGGUAGAGCAUGUCGCCAUACUGUAGCUGCGCUCUUGCCCCUGCCCUGUCUGUAAAGUCCUUUGUAUGAAUUGCGAGCAAACAGGCAAUCCUACCGUGCCCCAUUCGCUUGCCUACGACUGUAGCCGCUGGAUAGAAACAACUACUGUCGCUGCAAAUGCAUCUGUCAGAAAGAGAAAGACGCGCAAUAACUUCUUCAACAAUCGAGUGAUAGCCUACAGUUUUCAAAGUUACACCGUUUUACCUUCGUUUACCAAGUCUGUCGUUGAUAGUGCGACGUACGUUGAUAAUGUAAGUUUUUUUCUUUCUUCAGUAAAACCGCGAACGCAUGCGAGAGCAUCACAGUUUUCCAUUUUUAGCAUCCAACCCUAGACUUUUGCCCAGUUCGACCAUCGGUCUUUAUAGUACCUUCAACUUUCGAGGACUCAAAAGUAGACGCCGGAGUGGAAAAGCUUGUGUGGAGAUUGAUGUUUUACUGAAAUGGACGUGAGAGUAUAUCCACCUCCACCACAGUCUUUACCAGCAACAGAUUCUUCCCGAUUGGGACCAUUGCAGUAUCCUGAAUCCCCGUACUGCAAUAAGUACAACAGUGAGACCAUGUUCCUGGGCAUGCCAGAGGCUGGCCUGGACUUUGUGCCAACCAACCAGUUCCGUGUGCCUCCCAACCCCCACCAGACGCAGACCAGCGCCAAGCAGACUGGACCCCUGUGGAAACGAGAAGGCCCUGCUCACUCCGAUGGCCCCCGGCUACCCUGGUCCUACCCAGUGCCCAGUUUGGGGGAUGAAGACUUCAACAUUCCCCCCAUCACGCCUCCCACCAUCCCAGAACACAUGCUGCACCCCCACCUACCAGAGUCGGAGUCUGGCUCCUACCACCCGCUGGCACCCUCUCACUCCCAGAGUGGCCUGCACCCCUUCCACUUGCAGGGAAUGGACAUGAUGGGUCAGGAUGGAGGGCUGUUGAGCCAAAAUGGCGGCCUAAUGUCCAGCACCCUGUCUGUGAUGCAACAAAUGGUCAAUUCCGAUUCCCGGUACAGCAGCCAUCAGCCAAUGGAAGCGCUCAGACCCAGGAGCCAAUCAGGCAUGGGACAUCAGAGUCAGCUGACCACCAUCAACCAAUCACAACUCAAUGCCCAGUUGGGACUGAGCGGGAACAACGUUACCCAUAAUUCCCCAUCUCCCCCUGGGAGCAAGUCGGCCACACCCUCUCCCUCUAGUUCCGUACAUGAGGAUGACAAUGAAGAAUCAAUAAAGGCAGAGAAGCGACCGGCAGCGGUCGAGACGCCCAAAAAGCCCAAGACCCCCAAGAAGAAGAAGAAGAAGGACCCCAAUGAACCCUCGAAGCCAGUUUCUGCCUACGCCCUGUUCUUCAGAGACACCCAGGCAGCCAUCAAGGGCUCCAACCCCAAUGCUACCUUUGGAGAGGUGUCCAAGAUAGUGGCCUCCAUGUGGGACGGCCUCGGAGAGGAACAGAAACAGGUGUACAAAAAGAAGACAGAGACUGCCAAGAAGGAAUACCUGAAGCAGCUGGCAGCAUACAGAGCAAGCCUGGUCUCACAGAGUUACAAUGAGCCAGGUGAGGUCAAAGUGUCCCAGGCCUCCUCCAUGCUGGGCCCCAAGCCCCCCGUGUUCCCCGGAUCAGGCCACCAGCACCCCCAGCAGCACCCCCACCCCCAUCACUCCCACCCCAGCCUCUACAUGAGCCACCCCUACCACCACCAGAGCCACCACCCCCAUCCCCACCACCAGCAACAGCAGUCCCAGCAGCACCAGGCUGGCCUCAGCCCCCACCUGUCCCCCCUCCAGGGUCUCUCCCGGGGGGUGACCCCCCGGCCCAGUGGACCCCAUUCAGGUGGGGUGUCUCUGGGCAGCAUGGCAGCAGUGUCCCCCCCUCCUUUCCAGAUCAGCCCGCCGCUCCACUCCCACUCCCACCUAGGAAUGCACCACCAGCAACAGCUCGGAGGACACCCGCUGUCUCUGCACUCACCCUCAAUGGGACAGGGAUUCCCUCUCCAAUCAGAUUUCCAGAACAUGCUCAACUCGUCCGGUGGGCAGGGACUGUCCCCAUCCAUGGACUACAGACAGGUGUGUCGAAAUGGGCCCAGCCAGCACCUCGACUGGACCAGCGAAUACUGUGGCAAUGGAGCUCUUCAGAGAGACAAGCCUCUGUUCCUGACCUGAUCUGACCUCUAACCUCUACAGACCUCCACUCAACCACCCAUGGACCGGAUCGCAACCAGACCCGGUCCACAUUCAGUCCCACUCUUUAUUCACUGGACCAAGGCAUGAUGAUCCUCUCCCCCAGUAGAAAGUCCUUGACCACCACCCCCCCACUCUGGCUGAACCAUCUGACCAACUGACCGUCACUCAGAAACAAGAAAGACAUAAGCACAUAUUGCAAAACAUCCAUAUUUUGAUAUUUGUGGUUCUUUAUGAUCUACCUUGAAAAAAAUCAUACUGAUGUCAUGAGUGGGUUUCAGAUAGUUUUGUAACAAACACCCUCCCCUGAUAUUAGAUUUUAAAAAAUGUAAAGUUCUGGACUUUUUAAAUUGUUGGAUGGCCAUAGAGGCAGAAAGAAAAGGUGCUCAAAGAGUUGAAUGAAUAGGCAGCAAUGUCAUAUCUACUGAUGUGUCGUUGGAUCGUUACUGAUAUAUCGUUAGAUUGUGUUUUGAGGAAGACAAAGCUGAUGACCAUUUUUUGAUCAUGACCGUUGUUGAAAUCCCAGAAGUUAAUUUAGCACUUAGGGGCUUUUGGGGCUUUUUUUUCUCCACACAUAGCAAGAUGUAAACCAAAACCCCAAACUAACAGACUUUUUAAAAGGAAAGACAAGAUGUUUUAGCCUUUAAAAGAAAUUAACAAAGAACACAUGUAUUAUACUUAUAUCACUCUUUCCCUAUGUCUCUCUCUCUGUAUCUCUCUCUCUCUCUGUCUCUCUCUGUCUCUCUCUCUCUCUCUCUCUCUCUGCUACUGGACUGCCUUAGAGACUGCCGUGUGUCUUUGAGCAGAGUUGUGUUGCUCUUUCUAAACUGAUGAUGAUGAUGUUCAUAGGAUCCUCUGUGGACUAUGCCUCGGCUGGUUAGUGUAGCCAUCACCUCAAGCUGUACAUAGAUUUUUGUUUGACUCUUUUACUCCUCAAGUAUAAAAACAAAAGCUUUUUUUUGUUCCAAGUGCAGUGUGAUUGUGAAUUGGAUCACACCGGUUUUAAUUUAACUAUCUAAGAAUAAGGGAAAUUGAUUGAACAGCUUUUAUAGCUGUUUGGACUCUAUUGGGCGUAGGAAUUGUCAAUAUAAUGAUAUUUGUAAGAUAAAAAUUGGUAAAUCAGUUGUUUUCAUCCUCUGAAAUUACGUCAUAAACGUUGGCUGCCCUUUACCUGGAAAACAUCACAAAAUAUGAGUUUUGUGAAAGUAGACAAACAAAAACAUGUUUUGUUUUGUACAAAUCCUUUUUUAGUACAACUUCUUGGCAUAUUGAUAAUAUGAAUUGUCAUCAAGCUCCUGUAUCUGAAGUUGCUUUUCUUUAUCAGCUGAAAGUGUCUGAUGAUGAGGGAAGGAGAUUGGUAGAGACAGAUUGGUAGAGUGGGGAUAUAUAACCCUGACAUCUGGCUUGUCAUCGCUCUUCUGAUCACUCCAUCACUCUUUCUCUCCAUCAAGUCUGUUCAUCACGCUGCGCCUAUUUAUGAAACAAUAACUGUAGGUGUUUUUUUUAUUUUUAAAGCCCUUAUGUUUAAUAGCGUUGAUGAUGGCUGUCUUCUCUUGUUUCAUUUGGGUUCCUUCCUCUUUGGCAGAAAAACGUCUCCAGGCAACAACAAUGUGAAGAAUUGUAUUCUUAUUUUUAGUUUCUAAUGUGUUUGAAAGAAAUAAAGUCAAACCUGCAUUUUUGUGUGCAGUAAUCACUCA